AUGUAAUUUGAUGUUCAAAUUAACUAACAUAAGGAGGAUAGGAAACUAACUCUUAUUAAUGAAUAAGAAUUUUAAAAUAAUUAGAAGUAGCUUGCCAUCAAAGUGCUUCCUUCAGCAAAAUAAUAAAUGAGUACGAAAAAAUUCAAGAGAACGACCUCUAUUAUAGAUGAUGAUGAGUACACUUAUAAAGGGCCAUUUGAGGAUAGUAGAGUGACAAGGAUGAUUUUUGAAAAAUGUAGAAUUAUAGAAUUGACUAGAUUUUGGUUAAUAGUAGCAAGUGUAAUACUUAACAUUUUAGAAGUAUAAUUAUUUUGAGUUAGUAUGAAUAUAGCUUUUCAACUUAUUUAACAAAAAACAUGGAGAAUGAAUUGAAUAUACUACUCUAUCUAAUUUUUUCGAUGUCAAUAAUAAUAAUUUUUUUAACUAUUAUCUCAUAUUAAAUAGAGUUGGAAUAUAGAAAGAGUUCCAGAAUAAUCUCUUAAAAGGCUACUUUAAUAUAAACUAGCCUUAUUUGGGAUUUAUUAGUUGAGUUGAUAAUUAUUAUACCAACAUCAAACCCUUUUACAAAGGACUAUUAUGUAACUUUUAAUUAAAGAGGAUCCUCUGAAAUUAGAUUCUAUACAAUCAACGAAAUUUUGACUUAUAUAAUGUUUUUCCGACUAUAUUUAUUACUCAAUAUAGGGUUCAAAUUUUAAAGUUAUUAUUCUAAUAGGAUAGGAAGAGUUUGGUAAUAUAUUUGACUAUAUUAAUUUAAAGUCGUUUAUAUCAAACUCGUUUUGGAACUCAUUUAAUGUUAAAGCUAUGUAUUCGAUAAUUUCCAUUUUAUACAUUGAGUUGGUUAUUUAUUGUUGGAUUAAUCUAAUAUACUUACUAAUUGGAAAUAGCUGAGAGACCAUUAUUAAGAACAUUCGAUGUUAUUAAUUAUUAUAAUAUUACGAAAAGUUUGUGGGUUACAAUGAUAACCAUAGCUACUGUAGGAUAUGGAGAUUUCUUUCCUUAUACAGAUUUAGGAAGAAUUUCUAUGACUUUAGGAUUGUUUUAUGGUGUUACUAUAACUUCUCUAUUUACUGCUAUUUUGUAUAAUAUGCUAUAGCCAGUUUCUGGUGAAAAUAAAUCUUGGGCUUUAUUGGAUAAGACUGAAAUUACUAAGAAUAUGAAAAAAGCUAGUUCUAAUAUAUUUUUUUAUUUUUAUUAAAUAAAAAAUAAAAGGAAAGUUGCAAAACGGUUGGAAAUUCAAGAAAACUUUGAUAACAUUCUUUUUAAUUUAGAAAGUCAUUUAUCAGAUGUAGGUAUAAUGAGAAGGUAAUAUUUUGUAAUGAAUUAAUUUUAGAAUGUAUAGAGAUAUAGAUGGUGAAGAAUUUAUGGAAAUGGUAAAGAGGAAAUUUGGUGAUUCAAAUCAUAGUUUUAAGGAUUUAAUAUUAUAUCUAUAAAAAAUGAUGGAAUAACAUUAAUUAAUUCUUAAUAAUUUAGAAAAAAAUUAGGAUUUAUAAUCCUUUAAACUUAAAUCGUCCCAAGCGAAAAACUUACAGUAUGGCUAAUUUAGCUCUCCUUAGAGUUAUUAAUAAAAAUUAAAUACAGAAGAUAAACUUAGCAAAGAUGACAAUUUCUUUGAAAAUUUAGAAGAAUCAAAUAGAGAUUCCUGUCUGAUGAGCUUUCAUGAUUGA